AUGGUACUUAUAAAGGAGCCUGAGGUACUUGAAAACAACAAAACACGUUUCUUUGGCAGCAAUGAGUUAUGGUUAGAUGAAAUGACCGAAAACAUUCCGUCUACACCAAAAAAGAACUCUGCAGAUGGCUUCUGGCAGGUUCCUUCAAACCCAGUGACUCCUAGGACACCUGGCCAUCGCGUUUUACAACAAGCAAAAGGAGCGAAUACCAAGGAGCGUUCAGCAAAACGGAGGCGAGGUCGCUUGGAACUUCGACAACAUAUGCUUGGAGAAGUUGAUGAAAAUGCAGCUUCUGAUGCUCUAUUAGAAACGCCUCGAUUACGCUCGCGCGCUCCCCCUUCACCUUCUUUCAACGUAUCUUCGCCUUCAAAGGAGAGAUUUGUAGACCAUAGAUCGAAUGAAGAUGCUGAUGGAACUGCCUUUGACUUGACUUCGUCUCCGUCAGCGAAUCGAAUUUCCUUGGCUUCCUUUCAACCAAACUCGUCUAUCUCAGAAGGUGAAAACGAUGAGAGCCGGAAGUUACAGGGUUUGGAAGCACUCGAAGAAGAAGAAAAUGAUAAUGAUUCUGUCUCUCUGAAGGAAGAAAUCGAUCAUGGCCCCGGGUUUGAUGAAUACUUUGACAAGUUUUCGCAGAGGAAAACCUCUAGUAAUACUUUAUCCCAACUUCCUCUAGUUGACAAUCAGUUAUACUUGGAAAUUAUCCAGAAAACAGUUCUGGAAAACGAUCGUUUCACUCAAACCUUGGUCCAUUUUCAAUCUCGAAACUUUCAACAAUGGUUUUGCGAGGCUAUGUUUGGGUACAAUAUAUUGUUUUAUGGGUUUGGAUCAAAAGAACACUUUCUUUCUACUUUCGUUGAACAAAAACUUUUUGGGUUUCCGGUCUUUGUUAUCAAGGGUUACUUUCCACAUUUACAAUUAAAAUCCGUACUAGCUGCUUUUCUCGAGUUUUUAGAAGUCGUUCCCUCUAGUGCUUCUGUCCCUGAUAUGUUGCAACAGGCCCUUGCCGUGUUAGACUCUGAUGACAGAGCGUUCGAUAAAAUUGUAAUAUUGGUCCACAAUAUUGACGGUGAGGACUUGGUGGAUGAGCGAUUUCAGUCAGCUUUAGCAAAUAUCGCAGCUUCUCCUAACGUUUAUUUUUUCGCCUCUGUCGAUCAUGUGAACUUUCCUUUGCUAUGGGAUUCUUCACUUGAGUCGUUAUUCAAUUUUAUUAUGCACGAUGCCACCACGUUUGCUCGUUAUUUCAAUGAAACUACAUAUGAAAAUUCUCUUGGUAUUGGACGUGCAAAUGUUUCCAAUACAGAGAAGGCUAUCAAGCAUGUUUUGUAUUCUUUGCCUGCCAAUUCCAGAGAAAUAUUCAAGCUUCUGCUUAUCCACCAACUUGAACGCCUUGCUGAUUUCGGUGAUUCUACUGCUGUAAGGCCUAGCGAGCGGGUUGGAAUUGAGUAUAAAGUGUUAUACCAAAAAUGCAGCUCCGAGUUUUUGUGUAGUAAUGAGCUUAACUUUCGUUCACAGCUCACAGAGUUUUUUGAUCACCAUAUCAUUGAAAUGAAACGAGAUUCCACAAAUUUGGAAAUUUUAUGGAUCCCUCAUUCGGCUGAUUUAUUAGAAAGUUUGUUACAGGACAUGAUGGAAGAUAUUUGA